CAGAUCGCGGAAGUAGUGCGCUAGCGUGGUGCAUUAUCGCGUGUCGUCCAGUGUACCGAGAGAUUCGCGAUGUUCUAGGAGGACCCGUCGUUCGUUCUAUACCGUCGGUGCCGGUUUGUCCUCCUAUCGCCGCGAGCCUUCUUACUCUCUCCUCUCCUCCACGUAUUCUCUCUUUCGCUCUGCAUCUCCUCGCUCUCUCUCUCUCUCUCUCUCUCUCUCACUCUCUCUCUCUUUCUCUAUCUCUUACUAUUACACAGACACACACACAGAUAUUCUCUUCUUACUCUCCUCUUGCUCCUGCUUUUUUCCCAUCAUCGUUCUCCCAUCUCUUUUUGCUUCCGAUUCUCUCGGCCAGCAUCCCGUUUUCUCUUCCUCGAUUUCAAUUACGUUGCUUCCUCGGUUCAGUUUCACCUUUACACACCGGACUUGGCCAGCUCCUCGAUUCUUACCUCGCUUUAUCGCUCGCUUCUACGCUCCUAUCCGAACCGCGUAAUCCAGUCAGUCAGUCGUGUACUCAUGAUCCGACCGGCGACCAGGUAGUAUCGCUGAUAAUGCGCGACAUGAGCACCACCGCCAUCGUAGUGUUUUACGAGCGUCAUGUAAAAUGGAAUUAAACAAUGUUGUUAAGACGUAAACAUGUUUUGGCUACACUGUGGACUCUUUGUUCUCGUGAUUGCCGUACCUGGAUUUAUUAGCAGCGCCGACAGCACGUCCAAGCGAGAAGCCGAUUACACUUUAGAUGAUUCCUUUUGGAACGAAGAAACUCCUAGCGGUGAGGUCGAACGACUACUACGAGAAUAUCGACAGAACCAAGAGCUAGUACGAAAUAUCGGGGCCCAUUACUAUCAGAUCAUCUAUCCGGUACAAUUACGGCAUCACGAGAAAAUGGGGAUAUCCACGAGAGAAGUCAGCGUGUCCAAGUUUCCUCAAAGAGGAUACGGAGAGGGUGGAUAUCAAAAUUCUAGAGGCAGAAUGAGAACGGGGAAACAUUUUCAUCGGACGUCCCUUUUGAUCAAGGCCUUUAAUCAUAAAUUUCGCCUAGAUUUAGAAUUAAAUGCGCAACUUUUAGCUCCGAAUCUUAUGCAAAAAGACUUUUUAGCCAAGGGCGCGGAACAAAGUUCGAAACAGGAGAUAGAGCAUUGCUACUAUCACGGUACCGUGAGGGACUAUCCAGGAGCCAGCGCCGCUUUUCACACGUGUAACGGUGUCAGCGGCGUUAUUCAUUUAGGCAACGAGACGUUCGUCAUUCAUCCAUUUUACGGCGGCGAUCUGUCGCAGAAACAUCCUCACGUUAUAUUUGAAGCUCGAACAAAGGCUAACAAAGGCUGCGCUAACUCGGGGAAGCUCGAGUGGCGUGUAAAGAACCGUCGGCAGAAGCAUAUUCUGGGGCUAUCGGAGACCACUUCCGAUCGAUACAAGAGAGACGUCCGUGAAACAACCAAAUACAUCGAAACUGCCAUCAUCAUCGAUAAGGCUAUGUUCGAGAAGAGGAACGGUAGCAGCAGAGCGGAAGUUGUCCACGAUGCCAUCCAAGUCGCUAAUAUCGCUGAUUUGUAUUUCCGUACGUUAAACACUAGAGUCUCCAUCAUAUACAUCGAAACCUGGCAGAGCUCGAACCAGGCGGAAAUCGAAAAGGGCAUGGAUAUCAGUCUCGCUUUGAACAAUUUAAACGAUUACACGAUGCGACGGAUGUUCCACGUGCCCCACGAUACCACCCAACUGCUCACGGGUGAAACGUUCGCGGGCGAGGAGUCGGGAAUGGCCGAGCCUUUGACCAUUUGCAAAGCAAAAUCGGUGGGCAUCAGCGUCGAUUUGAACGUGUACGAACCCCAUCUGCUGGCCGGUACCAUGGCUCACAUGAUCGGCCACAAUAUCGGCAUGAGUCACGACGACGGAAGGAACGAGUGUAUCUGCCGCGACUGGCACGGAUGUAUCAUGGCUCAGUCGAUCGUCGGUUUGGAGAACGUUCAACCGUACAAGUUUUCCGAGUGCAGCAAAACGGAUUACAUCGAGUCGUUGAGAGUCGGCAACGGGCUUUGUCUUUUUAAUAAACCGAACGAGCUGGAAACCAGGAGAUCCUGCGGAAACAAGGUGAUCGACGAGGGCGAGCAAUGCGACUGUGGCUCGAUCGACGAAUGCCCGAAACUGGACCCUUGCUGCGAUCCGAUCACCUGCAAGCUCACGUCGGAGGCGCAGUGCGCGAGCGGUCCUUGCUGCAGCAAUUGCAAGUUGCUGAAGCAAGGAGUAGUGUGCCGGGAAUCGACGAACGAAUGCGACCUGCCGGAAGUCUGCACCGGGGAGACGGGCCAAUGUCCGGAGGACGUUUACAAGAAGAACGGAAAUCCUUGCUCGAACAAUGCCGGCUACUGUUUCAACGGCGUUUGCCCGGCGUUGAAUCUCCAGUGCGAUCAAAUCUGGGGAUACGGUGGCAUAGCCGCGGACGAACAGUGCUUCGAACAGUUUAAUUCCAAGGGUUCGUUGACCGGACACUGCGGCACCGACGCUUCCGGUCACUACAUCAAAUGCGAGCCAGAAAACGUCCGUUGCGGCUCGCUGCAGUGCCAACAGGGUAGCAAACAACCGGUGAUCGGCGGUAUGGACCACUCGAGGACCAUCAUCUCGACGAAGGGCAAAGAAUACGAAUGCAAAUCGACGAUUGGAAAGGUGGAGGGAUCGGAGAUGCCGCUGAUGGGGUUGGUUCGCGACGGAACAUCGUGCGGCGACAAUUUGAUUUGCGUGAACCAGACAUGUACGAGCCGCUUUCCGCUCGUAGACAAAGAACGAUGUCCCAGCAAUAACAACAACAUCGAAUGCUCGGGCAACGGCGUGUGCACGAACGUGAACAAAUGUUACUGCAACCCGGGAUGGAACGGGUCGGAUUGUUCCAUCGCGCAGGAUAUACCGACUCACCCGCCCACCACCUCUAGCACCGAAUCAGCCGGUAAAAAUAGUUCAGAUCCUAAAUUGGUGAAGAAAGAGACCCCCUACGAGAACUACCACGGCUCUAACACUGUAUUUUUAGUUGUUAUGCUCAUGUCGGUGGUAGGGGGUGUUUUCAUAGUAUUUGCUCUGAUGGCUCUCUGCUACAGGUCAGUCGUAGUACAUAAAAACUACUCCCUCUGUCUCAGAAGGAAGAGCACCGUCCAGAAAUACGAUCAACCGUACGCGAAAAAACAACCGCAGAAGGGUUACAGCGAAAAUCAUCAUCCGGAACACGCGGUCCUGGACAACGUCAACAAGAUCAUCUCGUUCGCCAGUAUGCCUAAUUACAGCCGCAGCGAGAACCAGCGCGUGCUGUUUCGACACCCGAAUAACGUCACCACCGCAGACGGGCCAAGACUCAAGGAUCACAAAUCGCAGAUGAAGAGGCUGGCUAUAAACGAGAUAGACGGAGGUACGGGCGCAGAGGAGGAAGUCUCUUUCAUUGAUCUGCAACCGAACAAUCCCGCAAAACCUGAGAAGGGAAUUUUAAAGAAACACGCUGGUCACGGUAUCGAAGGUGGCACGGUGGUCGAACUGGAGCGCACGUUGGAUCGACUGAACGGCUACCACGAGGGCAUCAUCGAGGCGUUGAGGAACGCGGAGAGUCAUCGAGAAUUAUCGGGAGUACCGCUGGUCAACGCGAACCUGAUCGACCACGAGGCUUUGCGUAAACCUUUGACGGAAUGCGGUUACCCGGAGUCGUAUCGCAAGGAGCUCGGUAGACAGGGUCACAUGGAGAACCAAGCGGACGAGGAGGUCGACGAGGAGGAGGAGGACGAGAGCAUGCCGCCGUGUAGCACGAUUCGCAUACGCACCCUCGAAGACAUAAUAAAACAACUGGAACGUCACACGACUCGGAGCAUAAGUCGGUGCAAUUCCGACGACAUCCGAAUGUCCGAGAGCGAAGCCGAUCGUCACUACAGAAUAGAUUCGUCCGUUUGUAGCGAAUCGUCCCAAGGAAGCAGAAGGUGUAGCCGCGCCCGUGACGAUACCUACGGUAGAUAUUGCCAACCAUCGUCUCGAAGUCCUUACGGCACCCAUCAGCUCGUUCAACACUCCCAUCAAAUGCACAAGGAGGAGGAUAUCUAUGAAACUGCCGACCCUGACAGAGGCUCAAAUACUAGGGGUGAAACGCCCGAUAGCGAAAGUGAUGCAUUUAUUCAAGCUCAACAACAACUAGCCCGAUGGACGAGUGAGAACGGAGUGCAACACCGGCCUCCGCAGCAGCCGCAGCAGCAGCAGCAGCAGCAGCAGCAGCAGCAGCAGCAGCAGCAGCAGCAGCAGCAGCAGCAGCAGCAGCAGCAGCAGCAGCAGCAGCAGCAGCAGCAGCAGCAGCAGCAGCAGCAGCAGCAGCAGCAGCAGCAGCAGUCGCAGCAGUCGUCGCAACAACAGCAUCAACAUCAACAACAACACCAACUGCCGGUGGAACAACUGCCAAUACAGCAGCGCGGCUAUUAUCCAUCCCCGCUCCACACUGACAACGGUCUCGAUAACGACGAGACUGAAAAUGCUCAAUCCCACCAAAAACAAAAGCUCCCCGACGUUCGUGGAAUCGAUGUUAAUCACUUGCCUAAUAUUAACAAAUGCCCACUAGACGAUAACUUUAGUCUAGAUUGUAACAUAAAUAAUGGUUCCCCUAAAGAAUUAAAUACCAACAACACUAGUGAUAACGAAAAUACUGCCCUAUUGCCCCCUUCGCAUUUUCCUGAGUACAAGCAUUGAUAAUUAUUAAUCGAUGACAGAUAGUGUCCAUAAAACAUAGUGGUGUGAUUUAAUCUUGAACUCGCAUUUUAUACUGAAUAGUGUAAAUAACGAUAAACUAUUGAUCGCAACAUCAAGAACAACAAGAACAACAGCAAACAGGUAUUAAAUUAUAAUGAAUUAAAAUAAUCUAUAUGAAAUGUUUAUUA